UAAAAACUUCCAAGGGCGUGUGACAGUACUGCAAAAAUGGGACGAGUACAGAUUUUGCUAGUGGCAGCGGUGCUUUGUAUCGGAGCUUUGGCACAGGGAUCUCCGAUCCAAUGCAAUCCUGGAAGCAAAAGUUGCACAGUCAAUAACUAUCAGGGCAUAUGGACUGAUCGGGAACCUUGCGAGGUAGAGUCUGUAGCGUACCCAACGAACGAGAAGGAGCUUAUUGCCGCAGUCGCUGGCGCUGUGGAACGGGGGCAGAGCAUCAAAGUAGUGAGUAAGUAUGCUCACAGUCUUCCAAAGGUUGCCUGUCCGCGAGGAAAAUCAGGCCUUCUCAUCAGCACCAGCAAAUACGAUUCCACUAUCUUGAUCGACAAAGCCGCCGAGACUGUUACUGUUGACGCCGGUGUUGAACUUCAGUACUUGUUUGCUAAGCUUGCAGAGGACGGGCUCGCCUUUCCACCUUCGCCGUCUUUCAAUGGCAUCUCCGUUGCGGGUGCCAUAAGCACUGGAGCUCACGGUAGCGGUCUCCAUGGUCGAGGAGGUGCCCUGCACGAGUACGUAGUAGGGAUUAGUCUUGUUGUCCCUGCCAAGAAAGAGGAAGGCUAUGCCAAGGUGGUCAAGCUUACGUCGUCGGAUGAAGACUUGAACGCGGCAAAGCUAUCAAUUGGUGUGCUUGGAGCCAUUUCCCAAGUGACUUUUGCAGUGGAACCGAUGUUCAAGCGCUCGGUUACAAAGCAAAUGAGGAAUGACACCACUCUCGAAGACGAUAUCCUGGAGCUGGCUCACAAGUACGACUUUGGUGAGAUCAACUGGCAUAUAAAUCAAGGUAAGACCAUUGCUACAUACAGUAAGAAAGUCCCGGUCACCACGCCUGGCGAAGGCCGCAACAUCAACUACACUCCUCGACUGGCAUCUUCUAUCACAUUCUGGAGAGGAGUUGCUGAGAAGAGAGAGGCCGCAUUCAACAGAUCCGAAGUUUGUGAAACGAGCCUUGACAACGUCCGUAACAGAGUCGCCACAGGGGAUGGUUACGUGAAUGAAAAUGGUACAUUCAAAGGUUACCCCGUGGUAGGAUACAAUCACCUGAUGGAAACAGGAGGGGGGUGUCAAAACAAGAGCAUCUCACCACAAGGUGACAAGUUUACCUGUCCAUGGGAUCCCGAGCUGCCAGCCCACGUCUUCUUCGAGACCGCAAUCUCCAUACCUUUCACUAAAAUCAACCAAGCCAUCAAAGAUAUCAAAAGUUUGCGAGAUAAAAAUCCAGACAAGCUGUGCGUGCUCAACAUGUACGGAGGCACCAUUUUCAGAUUUGUUCGAGGUUCAAGUGCUUACCUUGCAAGUCCUCAGGAUUCAGUGCAGUUCGAUAUGCUCUUAUACAGGGACAGAAAGAGCAACACUCCAACUCUAGAUGAAGAUUCCAUGGAAGAGAUCAAGCAGCUGCUACUGAAGAAAUACAAUGGAAGGCCACACUGGGGGAAAAACCAGGACGCUGCGUUUGAGAACAUGGGAGCCAGAGUGACAAGCCUUGCCAAGUUUCUCAGAGUCAAGAGACGGAUGGACCCUCACGGCUAUUUCUCAAGUGAAUGGUCUGACGCGGUGCUGGGCAUUAAAGGAGGCAGGAAGGUGUCAAUCAAGAGGAAAUAUUGCGGCCUCGAAGGACUAUGCGUCUGCAGCGAAGAUAGCCAUUGUGCCCCUGAACAGAACUUCUUUUGCAGGCCCGGAGUGUUCUUCAAAGCCGCCAGAGUCUGCCGAACAAGCUCGUAAGUGACAGCAGCGAUAGAAAUAAAACGAGCAUGAAUGGAAAACAAUGCAGAAUGAAAAGAGCGUCAUACCAGCUUUGUAGAUCGACACAAGGCGUUCAACAGUGUAACGAACUUCCGGAAGCAAAUCUUCGUUUCUGCCACCAAUGCCUAUAACAGCUCAAAUGUGAUUUACAUACCCAGCCGCGCGAGAACAGUCUACCUGGAUCGCGGUAAGAUCAAUGAAAAAAUGUAAUAGGCAAAAGAACAGCAGAUAGAAUGAAAAGAAGGAAGACCACGCUCGGCCGACGUCGAAGCGCUAAUGGCCUUCCCAUUUCAAUCUUGGAUGGAUU